AACCUAGGACAUCAUGGAUAUUAUCAAUUAGGCCAAGCGAGACCAAUAAAAGAAAUAUCAAGUAAAUAAAAAUACAUGUGGCAUGUGGAAAUGGCAACAAUCAUGGUGAAGCUAUGCAAAUGAUGGAAGUUCAGAAAGUGCUAUCUUAAGCCAUGGGUGUGUGGGUAAGAUCACCCACGGAGAGGGUAAGCGUGAAAAGAAAAGAGAGUUGACGUUUGGGUGGCGGGGAAUGGAGAAGAGCCGCCCAUGGAGACUGAGGAAGCGCAGCCAGAAGAAUAGGAGGAGAACCAGAAGAUGGUCUCUGGAGUCCAGAUGAAGAGUUCUGAGAAGGAGGAAGUGGUCAACAGCGUCAAGACGCUGCGCCAUGGACAUUCUGGCCCUGGGAGAGUACACCACCACAGACUAUGCCUGGUUAGAAGAGUCCCCUUUUGAGGACGAUAGUGUCUUUGCUUCUGAAUUUAUGCCCAAUGAUUAUGUUCGUGUGACUCAACUCUUCUGUGAUGGGGUGGGUAGGCAGUAUAAAGAUUAUGCCGAAAGUGAGAGAAACUUAGAAUUCGACAUCUGCAAUAUGUGGUGUACUAAACCAGUUUCUAUCCUGCGAGAUUACUGUGAUGCCAUUAAAAUACACAUCUUCUGGCCACUUCUGUUUCAACAUCAACACAGUUCCAUAAUAUCACGGCUGUACCCCUGUGUGGAGGCCACCAGUUCUCAUACUUCUGAGAUAAGUUUGAAGGAAUUGCAACAUCUUGAGUUGAUGGAAGAUAUUGUGGAUCUGGCGAAGAAAGUUAUGAACGAUUCCUUCUUUAUUGGAGGCUUACUGAGAAUUGGUUAUAAAAUAGAAAACAAUAUAUUGGCAAUGGAAGAAGCUUUGAAUUGGGUGAAAUACACAGGCGAUGUAACAAUUCUAUCUAAAUUAGGAGAAGUUGACAAUUGUUGGCCUAUGUUAAGUAUUUUCUUUACUGAAUACAAGUAUCACAUAACUAAAGUUGUAACAGAAAACUGCAAUAUACUUGACGAAUUUAAAAGACAAACUUGUGCGGAGUGUAUACAGCAAGGAGAACUAAUGAAAAUGAAAGGAAAUGAAGAGUUUUCCAAAGAAAGAUUUGAUCUAGCUAUUAUCUAUUACAGCAGAGCCAUUGAAUAUAGUCCUGAAAACUACCAUCUUUAUGGUAACCGAGCUCUUUGUUUUCUUCGCACGGGACAGUUCAGACAUGCACUUGGUGAUGGAAAGAGAGCCAUUAUUUUGAAGAACAACUGGACAAAGGGUCAUUAUCGUUACUGUGCUGCUCUUUAUAUGCUGGGGGAAUAUGACUGGGCCCUGCAAGCAAACAGUAAAGCUCAAAAACUCUGUAAAAAUGACCCUGAGGGAAUCAAUGAUCUAAUUCAGCAACAUGUAAAGUUACAACAACAAAUAGAAGAUCUGCAAGGCGGAACACCAACUAGGAAUCCAAUUAAAGCCUUUUAUGAAAGCGGAGCCAACACACCUAGUUUACCAGCACCUGCAUUUAGUACUUCACUUAACUUUGUAGAGAUCGAAAGAGAUUCCAGCAAAACCUACCACGAAAUGGCAUAUGAUGGUAAUCAGCCUCUAAUGGUGGUAGAUGAAGCUUUGAAUAUAGAUGAUUGUGCCUGUCAUCCUGAAUUUCUACCACUAUCAGGCCAACCUCCAAAAUAUAAAGGAAAACAAAAAUCUCGAAACAAUGAGUUGGAGUUCAGUUACGGCUCACAAGGGAGUUUUCCAGCAGAUUUGAAAAGCCUCUUGGAGAAACAGUUCUCUAAAUCUUCCAGAGCAGCACACCAGGACUUUGCUAAUAUAAUGAAAAUGUUGAGGAGCUUGAUCCAGGAUGGUUACACAGCUCUGCUGGAGCAGCGGUGCCGCAGUGCGGCCCAGUCCUUCUCGGAGCUGCUCAAUGGCCUAGAUCCGCAGAAAGUAAAGCAAUUGAACCUGGCCAUGAUUAACUAUGUGUUAGUGGUCUACGGACUUGCUAUUUCUCUCCUUGGAAUAGGACAGCCUGAGGAAUUAUCUGAAGCUGAAAACCAGUUUAAGAGGAUGAUUGAACACUACCCCAAUGAGGGCCUCGAUUGCUUGGCCUACUGUGGAAUUGGAAAAGUGUACUUGAAAAAAAACAGGUUUCUAGAAGCUCUUAAUCACUUUGAGAAAGCAAGAACCCUGAUUUGUCGACUCCCUGGAGUGCUAACUUGGCCCACAAGUAAUGUGGUUAUCGAAGAGACUCGGCCAGGGAAAAUAAAGAUGCUCUUAGAGAAAUUUAUUGAAGAAUGCAGGUUCCCUCCAGUGCCAGAUGCUGUUUGUUGCUAUCAGAAGUGCCGUGGAUAUUCCAAAAUCCAGAUAUACAUCACAGAUCCAGACUUUAAGGGUUUUAUACGAAUCAGCUGUUGCCAGUACUGCAAAAUAGAAUUUCACAUGAACUGUUGGAAGAAGUUAAAAACAACAACCUUUAAUGAUAAAAUUGACAAGGAGUUUCUACAAGGAAUUUGUCUUACCCCUGACUGUGAAGGUAUCAUCUCUAAGAUUAUCAUCUUCAGCAGUGGUGGUCAAGUUAAAUGUGAAUUUGAACACAAAGUCGUAAAAGAAAAGAAGGUUCCUUCAAAACCUAUUCUGAAACAGAAAUGUUCUAGCCUAGAGAAGCUAAGACUGAAAGAAGACAAAAAAUUGAAGAGAAAGAUCCAAAAACAGGAAGCAAAAAAAUUAGCACAAGAAAGAAUGGAAGAGGACUUACGGGAAAGUAAUCCACCCAAAACGGAAGAGCAGAAAGAAACGGUGGCCAGUGCUGAGAGCUGUCAGUUCCUGGACGACAGGAUCUUGCAGUGCAUCAAGCAGUAUGCCGACAAGAUCAAGUCCGGGGUGCUGAACGCGUCCACGCUCCUCAAAGAGCUGCUCUCCUGGAAGGUUUUGAGCACAGAAGACUACACAACCUGUUUUUCCAGCAGAAAUUUUCUAAGUGAAGCGGUGGACUAUGUCAUUCGUCACUUAAUUCAAGAAAAGAAUAGAGUCAAAACAAGGAUAUUCCUGCAUGUUUUGAGUGAACUUAAAGAAGUGGAGCCAAAAUUAGCUACUUGGAUCCAGAAACUUAAUAGCUUCGGCUUAGAUGCCACAGAAUCUUUUUUUUCUCGUUAUGGAGCAUCUCUCAAGGAGCUAGAUUUUAGCAUCAUGACUUUUCUCUGGAAUGAGAAGUAUGGUCAUAAACUAAACUCUAUAGAGGGAAAGCAACUUGACUAUUUCUGCGAGUCGGCAUCAUUGAAGGAAGCCCGGUGUCUGAUUUGGCUGCUGGAAGAACACAGAGACAAGUUCCCAGCCUUGCACAAUGCGUUAGACGAAUUCUUUGAUAUCAUGGACAGCCGCUGCACUGUGCUGAGGAAACAAGACAGCGGGGAUGUGCCAUUUAAUCCUACCAAGAUAAAAAACAAAGGCAAGAAAAAGAAGCCAAAAGAUUUAAAGCCUAUGUUAGUUGGGUCUGGAACAACUUCAGUAACACCUAAUAAUGAGACUAUCGCUUCAGGUGAAGACCAUAAACGCAAUUCAAAUUCCACAGGCCCGUUUGUAGUGCCUGACCACCUUCGGCAAGAUGUAGCAGAAUUCGAAGCUCUGUAUGGACAGCACAGCAAUGAGUAUGUUGUCCGUAAAAAGAAGCUGUGGGACAUUAACCCAAAGCAAAAAAGUUCAACUCUGUAUGAUUAUUUCUCUCAGUUGUUGGAGGAGCAUGGUCCCUUGGAUAUGAGUAACAAGAUGUUCUCUGAAGAAUAUGAAUUCUUCCCAGAAGAAACUCGUCAGAUACUAGAAAAAGCUGGAGGUUUGAAAUCUUUCCUCCUAGGAUGUCCUCGUUUUGUUGUGAUUGACAACUGUAUUGCUUUGAAGAAAGUUGCAUCACGGCUCAAGAAAAAGAGAAGGAAGAAAAACAUCAAAACAAAAGUGGAAGAAAUGUCAAAAACAGGAGAGUACUUACGAGUUAAACUGCCGCUGAAUCCAACCGCUAGGGAAUUUAAACCAGAUGUGAAGUCCAAAGCAGUGUCCAGUUUAUCUUCAGCACCAGCUUCUGAGGGUGCAAAACCCCAGCCUGCCUCUGCUGAUUUUCCCAAACCAGCCUGUGAAGCUGAGAAGCCACAAACAGUGUCCAAGCUACAACCAGUGUCCAAGCCACAGCCAGUGUCUGAGAAUUCUCGCAGGUCAGUUUCAGAGGGCGAGAAGCCCAAAGAGGUCGCUCCCAGUCCUCCCAAAGCAGCCUCUGAGGAUGCGAGUCGCCAUCCUCAGGGUCGUUCGACCUCCAUUUCUCCCAAGCCAGUUCAUGAGGAUGUGAAAACAACCUAUUGGACUCAAGCCCAUGUGGUCACAGGGUACUGUACAUACCUUCCCUUCAGGGCAUUCGAGCUUACCCCGCCACCACCAGCAUACAUAAGCAUGGUCCCAACCUUGCCCCAGUACACUAACAUUUACACACCACUGGCCACCAUUUCAACUGAAUAUCAGCUGCAAACAUCAGUGACAGUGGUGUCAUCUUACGUAGCCAAUGACAGACCAGAUCAGAGUGCUGCUGUGUAUUUUGAUGGUCGUCGUUUGAAUGCUGAGCAUGCCCCUGGCAACCAGAUUGCCUCAGAAACACAGAUCCUUCAGGACUCUUUGGAGAUAUCAGUAAAGUCACAGGACAGCACAGGUGGUGCUGAUCCAGCCCAGAGUGAGCCCAGCAGAAAUAAUGGUCACUGUGGAAAUUCUGCCCACAAGCAGGAAGCAAACCCAGAAAGGACCGAUGAAGCCACAAAUAUUCCACAUACACAAGUGGUUGCCAUACAGGUGUCUGGGAAUGUAGCACAUCAAGAAGUCAAUACUGAGCCGUAUGAUCCUUUUGAGGCACAACAGGGGGAUAUUUCACAGAUUGAAAAGGAGUCCCACGUUUUACAAGAGCAGCUUGAGGAAGCCUGUGAAAAUUACGAGCAGAGAAAACUGAAGGGCUCAGAAGAGACCAGGGACCUGGAAGAAAAGUUGAAAAGGAACUUGGAAGAAAACAAGAUCUCAAAGACAGAAUUAGACUGGUUCCUCGAAGAUUUGCAAAAGGAAAUUAAAAAAUGGCAACAGGAGAAAAAAGAAAUACAAGAAAGACUAGCAGCACUAAAGAAGGAAAUGAAAAGGGUUUCAGAUGCCACUGAAACGUACACCCAGAAAAAUGAUGGACAGGAAAAGGAACAUGAAUUCCUUCUGGAUCAGUCUUCUGAAAUCAGUAACACAUUUACAAAUGAGAAAACGAAAAUAGAAGAGCAAUUAAGGAAAGGGAAGGAGCAAUAUGAAGAGGUUCUUCAAAGAGCUGUGGCUGCAGAGGUAUCUGUGCUUGAAAACCGGAGAGAGGCAGAAGUAUAUAAGUUACAGAUUGUGGAAUCACAAGCAGAAGGGUAUCUGAAGACCCUGAAGCAAUUGCGCAGUGAUUCUGCAGCAUAUCCUGAACUAGAGUCUGACAUACAUUCAUGGGAAUCAUUUCUUUCUGAUGUUAGAAAAGAAAUUGAGAAAGCAGAGUCUCAGUUUGAAGAACACGUUAAGGCCGUUAAAACUGGCUCUCGGCUCAGUGAGCUUCCUGACGUGCAGAUCUCCGCGCUCCCGUUUCCUGCAUGGAGCUCAAUUCGCCCAAAGUCACUUCCUGAGUCUCCAGGUCAGGAUGAGCAGGGUCCCUCCACGUCUGCAAGUCACGGGACCGGAAACCACACACUGGUUCCCAGGGAUUCAAGCCUGGUCUCUGCCGGUGAUCGCCCACUGGGGGCUCCCUCGCCAUCACUGCCAGCAUCGCCUUCCGCUCAGCAGAAGUGUGAGGGCGCCAGCCAGGCAGCUCAGCCAAAACGCAGCCCCCCGGCUGAUCAGAAACUGCCCGGUCCUCCGGGACGCACGGCCCGUCCCAGCCAGUCUCCGAAAAGGCCCUUCAACAGCAUCCUCGAGCACCUGUCGGCGGUGCUCCCCUGCUACAGCAGCACCGAGCUUGCUGGUUUUAUUAGAAAAGUACGAAACAAAAGCAAGACCUCGCUGUCAGGACUGAGCAUUGAUGAAAUUGUUCAGAAGGUGACGGCACACAUUCUGGAGGAACAGCAAAGCCAAAAGCCACGUCCAGGACAGGACAGGCCGCUGGCUGAGCCCAGCCCCACUGCCUCAGGGAUGGGGGCCGCCCAGGGCCCGCCCUCCGUGACUGCUGGACCAUCGCCCAAAGCCCGGGGCCAGAGGACAGAAGACGCCCCUACGCUGGGUGCACAUUCCUGUGAAAUAUGCCAUGAGGUGUUCAAAUCCAAAAAUGUGCGUGCGCUGAGCUGUGGGCACAAGUUUCACAAGGGGUGCUUCAAGCAGUGUCUGAAAGGCCAGCGCACCUGCCCCGCCUGCCUCGGCCGUGACCUCCCGUCAGGAGAGUAGCUGCACCUUCCGGAAGAGGCCGCCGCUGCCCCAGGUAGUCAGGCCCACCCAGGGGGAUUUAGCGGUCGGUGAACUGGAAGAAUAACAGUAUACAGCUUUGAUAUAAAAGGCAGACAUUUGAAGAUUCUUUGCACUGUGUCACAGUGCCAAUAAGUGGAAAUCUUUAAUGUAGUUGAUAGUAAUUCCCUGCUCUGAUUAACCACUUGGGUAACAGCCCUCUGGGGCUGAUGGAAUUGGCGUGACCACAUUCUCACGCGCUGGGCUGCCGCUGGGACCACGGCUCUGUAUGACACCCCAGAGCCGCCCUCGAGUGCGUGGCCUGUCCAAUUCUUACAGGAGUCAGUGUUCCUGAAAACACGCCAACAUGCCUCCUCAAAGAUUCUGCAUCUAAAGAUGGGCUUAAGCAAACCACGCUUUAAUCAUAUGUAGUUGAUGUUAAAAUUUUGGCUGAAUUAGACCCAAAGAUUAGACUCUCCUCAUGUGAAACAUCGUGUGAUUUUGAUGCUAAUUAUUUCCUUUCCCACAAGCAGAUUUCUAAAGUGUGUGUUUGUCGUCGUGUAAAGAUAGCAUCUGAGUUUUGAAAAUUGAUUAUAAACCACUUUCUUGUAUUAGCCUCUUACCCCUGAAAUUGAGGCUCCGUGCCCCUCAUCCCACCCGCAGGUGGCGCUGGCUUUGUGGCUCCUCACCUUCUCCUGUGGCAUCUUCCUGCUUAGACACAGGUGCCAGGUGUCUAAGCAGCAGGCACUGUGGGGAGCAGGUAGCACCAUCCCCUUCCUGGUCCCACCACCAAAAACAGACCCUUGUGUAACUGGCAACCUCAAGGUGUCCCUGCUACCUCGCUCCGUGUUUGUGUGAGGUAAUGCAUGCAUCCUGUACUAACUACAGUAGGAGCAGUUAAAAUUAGUUCUCCUUAGUGACAUGUAGACAGUGGUAAACGUAGAAACACGAAUCUGGACACAUUCCAUUUCUCUCAGACAGGAAGGAGCAGUGUAUUUUUCUGUGUGUUUUUUGUGCCCCUGGAAGCUCACAAUCCCAAGUUCAUGAGCCGGUCUGUCGCCCUCCUCUGCCUUGCUCCGUGAGUUUGUGUCUCAGUGACGGUCUGUAGGUGCUUAUUCCCUGUUUUGGAGCAGAUUCUCCUGCCACCUUGUCUGCAUGUUCCUAAUGCCCGAGACCUGUAGGCAGGAAGGGACAUAGGGACCAGUUUGUACCAGCAGGUACCGAGGAAAGAAAGCAGCAGGGAAAUGAGAGACGGGCCUUGUACAUAACUUCCGACUCGUGAACAUGCCUUACACAUCUGUGAGUGUCAAAUAAAAGAGCAUUUUAAAAUGCA